AUGAGGGUGUGUGUCAGAGCUGUUGCUGAGUUUGUCUAUCAAAUUUGUCCAAUUUCCUCCGGUAGCCUUCUCAAACAGUGUAAAGAUGUGGAGCUCUCCUUCAGUGACGUGACGGGCAAGCCUGAGGCCUUCAAAGGCACCAAGAAAGGGGUGCUGUAUCUCACCCCUUACAGGAUGAUCUUUGUGUCGAAGGGCAAGGAUCCUAUGCAGUCUUUCAUGAUGCCGUUCUAUCUGGUGAAAGGAUGCUCAAUCGAGCAGCCUGUUUUCUCUGCCAAUUACAUCAAAGGACAGAUUCAGGCUGAGGCAGGAGGUGGCUGGGAAGGGCAGGGGACAUUUAAACUGACUUUCAACAGUGGAGGAGCCAUUGAGUUUGGACAGCUGAUGUUCAAAGCUGCCACUAAUGCUUCCAAUGGAGUUCCUCUCCAGAACCCCAGCUAUGGCUACACACCCAUGCCUGGAGGGUACGCACCCACCCCACCUGCUCCUGGAGGUUAUUCGCCUGCACCGGGGGGCUAUGCUUCUCCUCCACCGCCGAGCGGACCAUAUCCUUAUACGCCACCUCCGAUGAAUGCCUAUGGACCUGCUCCACAGCCCAUGGGAUACCCAUAUGCCCAGACUCCAGGUAUUUACCCACCGCUUCCAAACAUGAACCCCGUGUAUGUGCCACCUCCUCCUCCCUACUCUGGGCCGUCUCCUGUGGGACCCUCAGCCCCCUCUGCUCCCCCAGCCUGGGCAGGCCAAGGGAUGCCAGGUGGUGGCAAGGCCAUGGAAGCUGCUUCCAGUGCGUAUUACAACCCUGCCAACCCACACAAUGUGUACAUGCCCAUGGAUCAGCCACCUCCUUAUGCACCUCCUGAGGAUAAGAAGAACAACUAA